ACGCCAGUGGAGUGGGAUAUAAAUAGCAAAGGGUUUGUUCUUUAUUCUGUGGCAGAGAGUACACGUGGAUUGUGUCGUUGUUCUAGUGGAUGUGCCCAUGCGUUGAUGUUGCUGUCGUGUUUACCAGUGAUACGAGUUCUUAAAUUGGCUUAAGUAAAUUUCAUAAACAGCUGAGCCGUCCCUGAUACAUCGUUGUUCUUUGUAAAGGCUGGAGCAGCAGGUUUCCGGAGAUGUGCACUUAUUGACUCGGGGAGCUGUCGAUGGUGGUGCCGGGGCUCACCUUGGCAGUUCUAAACACAGAGAGAUGUGUCUCGGGGUGGUAGGACAUUGCAGUCGCUCUCUGAACAAGCCAAUACUGAGUACAGCAGCCAUGGUACCACCCCCACUGGAUGCUUCAGCCCAAUUCGUGCUGUCGGACCUGCUUCCACACGAGGAACUGGCUGCCGAGAUGGAGGACUUCAGAUUAGUCUCGGAAGUGACAGCGCCACGAAGGGCCUCUGCCACAUCCAGUGCACCUGCCACAUCCAGAGAGCCUACCAGGAAUGCUGACAGCACAGUUAUCAAAAAGUCGGAAACCUCGGGAUCAAUGACUAAAGUCCCAUCCCCGCAGCGUGCCUCUGCCAAUCGCCACCAGUAUGGUGUCACUGCAGACAGUACAGAUGAUUCCGAGUCAGAAGACUCGGACACGACACCCCGACCCUUCAAAUCGGCGGCUAGGCCCUCUUCUGGAGGCAAUUCCAAGCCUUCUGGCUCUUCUGGAGGCAAUUCCAAGCCUUCUGGCUCUUCUGGAGGCAAUUCCAAGCCUUCUGGCUCUUCUGGAGGCAAUUCCAAGACUUCUGGCUCUUCUGGAGGCAAUUCCAAGACUUCUGGCUCUUCUGGAGGCAAUUUCAAGACUUCUGGCUCUUCUAGCGGCAAUUCCACGGCUCCUGAUGAGCCACAUCAUUCUACGACCAAGGAGAAGCUCAAAACCGCAGGCAUUGUGCUUGGAGUAGGAGCUGUGACAGGUGCUGUUGCUGUGGUUGCAGCACCCUUUGUUUUGGCUGGUCUUGGGUUCACCUCUAGUGGAGUAGCAACGGGCUCGUUGGCUGCUGGCUACCAAGCGACACUGGGGGGUGUCAUCGUCAAGGGCAGCUUGUUUUCCCUGUGCCAAAGUGCGGGAGCCGCGGGACUGGCAGCCACUGGAAACGCCACAGUUGCACUGGUAGCUGGCAGCGUUGGCGCUGCUUUCACUGGUGUUGUUAGCAAGACCAAACAAGCGAAAAAUCCGGGAAACGGGACUGGUGAUGGAACCGAUACAGGAAGUGAAGCCGGAACCCAAGAGAGAGACAAGGCAGAAGGCGCCAGUGGGACCAGAAAAAAAGGAAAUGGGAGAUACACUUGCAGAGAGUGCGACUGUGGAUCUGGAACGAGUAAGACAAAAUUAACCAAUAGGGAACCGACAGAGGAAAUAGAAGGGCAGAAUACCAGUCGUCAAAACGUUGAAAAUGAGAAGGCAGCUGAAAAACAACGGGCGUUCCGAAAGCAGGAUUUUUAAUUUCGGGUGUAGUAGUGAUAAUAAACCCUCGUUAAUUCCAAGAAAUUCAAUUCGUUCAAAAAUUAUGUUUGCUUGCUGUCACUUAGGGAAACAAUGAUGUGUGGGAAUAUAAAUUCUCAGUAUAAUCGGAUUGGGGAACUCGUUCAUGUUGAAUUUUGAACUAAAUGUGUAGUUUCGACGUCAUGGACCUAUUUUUCAUUCCCAAUGGAUCAUUUUUCUUUAAUGCCUUAACGCUUUCCGGUCAUUCACAUUUACCCGAUUUGUGGUUCCACUCAGGAACCAUUUUGUGCGUUAGACAGCAAGCCUAAAAUGUACUUGGGUCGACUAACACAUGUUAAGUAAUUUAUUUAGGAAAAUUGGAUCCUGAGGCUUUCUACAGUACUUGAGCGCUUUGUCGUAGCGCUCAAAAUCAUUUCCUUUGUGGAGGCCAGUAUCGGUAGGGUCCUUAGUGUUGCUUUGUUCUAAAUUGUUCUCAUUCGAGGACGUUUGCUGAAGGCUAAAUAUAUGCAUCCACAGUGCCAAAUUGUCAUCUGAUUCACUCAACUCACGUGAGUUUCGUCUGUAAUAAGCAUGUGCAGAAAACGUCGCCAUCCUGUCGGCGCUUCACGCCGCAAAUCGCACAACAUUUCCUUCAAGCAUGGAGGAAAGAAAAAGAUCGGGUUGCCCUCAUCUGGAGACAUUGUGAAGAAAAUUCCCAAAAGCUCUCGCUACCAACCCAAAAAAUCGGCAAACUCGAGCACCCACGUGUGUUGUGUGCUUCCCAACAUCGGACAGGAACGGAUAUUUUGCGCAUGUCAGGAGGUGCCCGACAAACUGCAAAGGGUUAAAUGUAACGUUUACCGCACGACGUUAAUUGCUAACUAAUUGACGUUAUUGUACAUCACAGUGCUCGUUAGGAAAAAUAUGCUUUCGAUUCAUUAGCUAGACAGCCAUGUAGCCAUGUUUAUUGUUGCCAUACCAGGUUGUACAGCUGCUGUUCCUUAAAUUCUGGAGUUUUACGUGCCAAAACUGCUGAUCAUGAGCCACACUGUAGUGGGGGACUCCGGAAUAAUUUUGACCAUUUAGGCAUCUUUAACUGGCCCCCAGGUAUGUUAAAGAUCACCAACACGCCCUCAUUGCUCUUCAAGUUGUUUGCUGUUCUUCGGUUUAGAGAGUCAGCGGUCCUUGCUUGCUUCAGUGCUUGUUUUGCAUGCACAUGAGAGCUGCAGUGAUAUGUAAGCGCCGUUCUCUUCUCAACUGAAUUGUCUCUCCAUGCAUUCCACUUUGUUGACCACACUUUGUAUAUUGGGCUUGGCUUCACUUGGCUUCUGAUGCCUGUUGUUUAUACAAAUCAUCCAAAACAAAAGAUCACACAUUUCAAAGCAAUUUUUAUUGCAAAAAAUUGUUAGACAAAAGCACGCAUAACACAAUUUUUCCCUCUUUUCAGACCAUAGUAUAAUUCCUAUUUUCAAUUCACCCGCCGUGGUUGCUUAGUGGCUAAGGUGUAGAGCUGCUGCGCACGAGGUUGCGGGAUCAAAUCCCGGCCACGGCAGCUGUGUUUCGACGGGGGCGAAAUAAGAACACAUCAGCGUACUUAGAUUUAGGUGCACAUUAAAGAACCCAAAGUGGUCCAAGUUAUUCCGAAGUACCCCACUACGGCCUGCCUCGUAAUCGACCGUGGUUUUGGCACGUGUAACUCUAACAUAAUUUUUCUUGUAGCUUCAAAUGACAGAAGUUUUGGAGUGUGACAGCGUACAGGAAUACUGGCGUUAACUUCAAGAUACAUCAUUAGUUGGAAAUGACAAUUGAUAUUCGUAUGACAGGGCACCUCAUGGCAUGUGUUUCAAAAGUCGCCAAUGGUGCCUUCUUUGAAUCAGUGCAGAAAACGACAGCAGCACAAAAAGGAAGGACCCAGGACAGCACUUGUGCUUGUCUUUUCGUUCCGUCGUUUUCUGCACUGACUUGUGCACAUUUGCAUGAAGUACAUGUUUAUAUAUGUUUGCAUAUUCUGCUCUAAUGAAUUUGUAUAUUCUGCCAUACUUUACGGUAUUGUUUCUUGGUGUUUUAGUAGGCCUUUUUUUCUUCGAUGUAAGCGGGGAAAUCGGCCUUAUGGCCUGCUUAUAUUUUCACAUUUACCUAAGGUAUGUCGCCACCUUUUUGGAAAUCUUUUUAUAUUGUUACGCGAAGGACGAGUCAGUAAAACGAGCAACUAUUUACAGGUUGUAUUUACAACAGCGGUUGCAGCGCUGACCGGUUAGAUUCACAGCGCGAGCCCAGCUCGUUCUUCCUCUUUUCUCGAGUGAUGACGCCCGUGCGCCUCGUUCAAACAGUUAAAUACCACACGCGUGUAGCCUAAUCCCCCGGACUGCAGAAGCGACGUCCCGGAGCGUCUAAAUGUCAUCACUGGGAGGGUGAUAAUCCUUCAGUCGUGUAACGUGCACAAUAUCGCUGGACUGGGAAGCAGAUGGGGCGUCAGGGGCGAUCUCGUAGGUGACGGGAGUCACGGCACGAAGCACUCGGUAGGGGCCUGUGUAACGAGACAGCAGUUUUUCUGACAGGCCAACCUGACGCGACGGAGACCAUAGAAGCACCAAAGAACCAGGCGGGAAGUGCACGUCUCGGUGUCGCCGGUCGUACAAACGCCUUUGACUCUCCUAGGAGAUCAGAAGGCGGUCACGGGCAAUUUCCCUUGCGUGGGCAGCGCGGGCGACAGCAUCAAGUGCGUAUUCACUGGUGGGUGCCAGAUCCGGGUCGGGUUGUACUCCGGAAGCAUCGACGAGAUGGCCGAGCACUGUAAUCUGUCGGCACCCGAAGUGGCACUUCGAUGAUUUUAAUUAGAGCCCAGCCUUGCGGAAGACGUCAAAGAUGGCUGCGACGCGCUCAAGGUGCGUCUCAAAUGUAGGAGAAAACACAAGGACGUCGUCGAGGUAACAAAGGCAAGUUGACCAUUUGAAACCUUGAAGCAGAGAGUCCAUCAUCCGUUCGAACGUGGCGGGGGCAUUACAUAAACCGAACGGCAUAACCUUAAAUUGGUAGAGGCCAUCUGGAGUGACGAAAGCGGUCUUUUCUUGGUCUUGCUCAUCGACGGAAACCUGCCAAUAACCAGAUCGAAGGUCAAUGGACGAAAAGUAUUUGGCACUGUGAAGACAAGAGCGUCGUCAAUUCGUGGUAAAGGGUAAACGUCCUUUUUAGCGAUUUGGUUUAAUGGUGGUAAUCAAUGCAGAAACGCCACGUGCCAUCUUUCUUUUUGACGAGCACGACCGACGACGCCCAAGGACUCGACGAGGCCUCAACAAGGGCCUUUGGCGAGCAUCUUGUUAACUUCCUGCUGAAUAACUUGCCGCUCUGCCGUGGACACACGAUACGGUCGGUGGUGAAUGGGAACAGCAUCACCAGUGUUUAUCCGAAGCUGAACAAGGGACGUCUGUCGAAGUGGCCGAUUGUCAGUGUCAAAUAUGUCGCGGUAGGACAGCAAAAGGCGAUAUAGGGCGGCUGCUUGGUCAGGGGCGAGGUCCGGAGCGACCAUGGGACGUAAUGAGCCGUCGAGCUUCAAGGCAUCCUGCGGGUAAUCAGGCAGUUAGGCGAGGAAAAGCGGCGAGGUUGAGGUAACGGGGAGCGACGGCGUUGAGGCGACGGCGAUCGCCCGUUUGAGCGGCUGUCAGGGGCAUCAGAAGUAGGGUACAGGCGGCGAGGAGAAGGGAAUGAGCUCCAGUACGGUGGCAUCCAGGUGGUGCGGCAGUGGCGGGAUACGUGACCAACUCGGUGGCAGCGGAAGCAGAUCGGUUUGUCGUCGGGGGUUCGCCAUUCAGCAGGAUUGCGUGGUCUGGGAGCGAAAUACUGGUCGUUAAAGGUGGUGGACAUAGGAAUGGGUGCCGAAUCAGGUCGGGAGACAGAGCAGGCGGUAGGGAUGCCAAGGUUUGCAAUUUCUUGCCGCACAACUACUUGUAUAACGGAAAUAGUAGGGGCCGCCGGGUCAAAGGUACCGUCGAGGGGUCGUGGAUGAAGGGGGGUCGGACUCGCCGCUUCAAUCUCACGGCGAACGAUACGCGUCACGUUCUCUUGAAAAGGUCGUGUGGCAGGAAGAGCGGAGGAAGAAGACGUGGCAGGGGUGUUUGGGAGCCGGGAAAACUGUGGGACAAAGCAGCGGCUUUUGGCUACCUCGAAGCGGCGGCAUUUGAUGAUGGCGUCGACAGUAGAAACGUCGUCAUAGACGAGCAAAUUGAAGGCGUCAUCCACGAUGCCUUUUAGGAUAUGGCCCACCUUGUCAACCUCGGUCAUGUGCUCGUCGACUUUCCGGCAAAGCGCGAGCACUUCCUGUAUGUAGGAGACAUACGAUUCUGUCGACUGGACACGGGUAGCAAGCUCUUUUCGUGCAGCAUGAUGGCGACCUGACGGGUUGCCAAAUAGGUCGCGAAGCCUCUCUUUGAAAGUGUCCCAGCUGGAUAGCUCAACCUCAUGGGUGCGAAACCAGACAUGCGGUGUCCCGUCCAGAUAAAAGAUCACAUUGGCAAGCAUAAUGGUAGGGUCCCAGUGGUGGCUUCGGCUAACACUUUCAUACAUGCUGAGCCAGUCGUCGACGUCAACGCUAUUUUGGGCAGAGAUUGUCCCAGGAUCACGGAGACUAGGAACCGUAACGUACGUUGUGGUAGGCGCCACAGGUGUAGGUGGCGACGGGGUGUUUCCAUCGGAAGCCAUGGCUGAGAAGACGACGGUGCGGCCGCUUCGGAGCUCCGUGGCGAGGAUCGGGGAACGUUCCACCUCCACCACAAGUGUUACGCGAAGGACGAGUCAGUAAAACGAGCAACUAUUUACAGGUUGUAUUUACAACAGCGGUUGCAGCGCUGACCGGUUAGAUUCACAGCGUGAGCCCAGCUCGUUCUUCCUCUUCUUUUCUCGAGUGAUGGCGCCCGCGCGCCUCGUUCAAACAGUCAAAUACCACACGCGUGUAGCAAUAUUUUGACCCUAAACUGAUUCCUUUGUGUCUGCCUUCAGAAGGGUUGUUUAAAAAUAUCCUUGAAGGGUGUUUGGUAAAAAACAUUAAAACUGAUUGCAACUUUCUUGAGAAAAUUACCCAAAAAAACGCCCAUCACGCGAAGGGUCAUAACUGCCAAUCCUACCACACGAAAAUAAAAUGGCUUGGGAGCAAUGUAGGUGUAUAUGUAGGCUGUGCAAUGAACUAGGAUCUUUGAGCUUUCAUCAGUAUUAAGUAUGUUACAGCCAAAAAACAAAAAUUGUGUAUUUUCAGCUGGUUGCAUUUCAUUUGAAAUUCUAUAACAUUAAAAGUUAUUCUGUUUUUCUAUAAUCCUAGUUCAUUGCACAGCUUAGUGUUGAGCGAAGAAGCAUGAGAAGUUUCAUUGAAAAAUAUAGGUUUAUUGAAAAGUUACGAGCUUUUGUGCAACAAAAAACAACUAAACAUGAAGUUAAAAAAAAAAACAAGAGUGAAGUUUUCCAAACACAAUAUACAUCAAGGGAAGGCUGUGGGAGGCUAAAACCCACCAGGCUCAUAGGUGGGUCCCAUCUUAGCUGCCACGAGUUCACCUUUAUAUCGUUUUAUAGCCCGCCGUAUUUUUUUGGGGGGGGGCUUGUUUUUUGUCAACUGUCGACUGACUGUUGGCAUUCUUCACGUGUGUUCGGUCGCUGCUGAGGCAAGCUACUGUGGCGUAAUACUUAUCAUAGAUAUUUUAACAUCUAGGACACUUAAAGUGACGAAAAUAUAACUUUCAAAAAGGCAGAACAACACGCGGGAGCAGUGUAAAUAACACGAUGCGAAGUCGUGUGCCCCAUGUGGCAAUUUCUGCAAUUUGAAUAAAAAACGGUAGCAAUUACCCUUGCCUAGUUUUAUUACUCUUUAUAAUAUUUCAUAACAAACUCAUCUAAAAGUAUCCUUCGUAUUUCAGCACAACGAUAAGUUUGUUUUAAUGAUCGAAAUGUAGGUUUUGUUUGUAGGUAAUGUCAGUUUCGGUUUCAGAGCGGUGUGCGGGCAGUUAUAAAAAACAACAUAACUUUUGAACAAAACUGGGUAGAGACGUAAUUUUUUCUGCGCCACAAUUCUGACUGUCUGCAGAUUCUUGAAUUAUCAAAAAAUAACAUUCGUAUUUUUUUGAAAAAAAACAUCAUUUUAAGGGUGGCAACAUACCUUAAGAGGCCCAGUUUAUUCGUUGCAUGGGACUUGUUCCUGCUGCUCAGUUGUGUCAUUGGUGACAAAAAUUGUGGUUCUUGUUCUGUUGCUGCACAACAUCUGACAUCGUGGACCAUCGGAGAUGCCAUUUUGUAUGAUUUCAAGUUGCUUUGUUAUUGUACGUUCUGUAUGUAUUUAUUUUUCUGUUGUAAUAAGAGGGAACAAGGUUUUUAAUCUUCAGCAUGAUAAUCUGUGCUUUGAAAUAAAGGUGUGGAAGGGGUGUUUCUACUAGUUGUUUGCUAGCUUGCUUGAUGAAAUAAGCAUUUUGCAGCAUCAUUACAUGCUACACAUUGAAAAUAUAACCAAAUUCUGAAAAGG